AUGAUCAGGCACGUACAAGAUGUAGAACAACGGGAAGAAAUACAAAAUAUUUUGUGGAAGCAUGGUAAAUUAUUCGAUACUACAACGCCAUCCGUUGUUAAUACAACGCUGACACAUGCUAUCGACACGGGAAACCAUCGUCCAUUAUACACACCCCAAUACAGACAAUCACACAAAGAUCAACAAAGACUUUCAGACGAGACAGAUAAAUUAAUCAAACAAGGUAUAGUUGAGAACUCCACGUCUCCAUGGUCAAGUCCAAUUGUAUUGAUAAAAAAGAAAGAUGGUACAACACGCUUCUGUGUAGAUUAUCGUCGAAUUAAUGAAAUAACAACAAAAGAUUCGUUCCCGUCACCGAGAAUAGACGAGAUAUUUGAUCAGUUGGGUGAAGCGACAUAUUUCACAAAACUGGACUUUAAAUCUGGCUAUUUUCAAAUACCAUUAAAUAAAGCAGAUCGACCAAAGACGGCAUUUUCAACGAGAGACAAACAUUUACAAUUUACCGUUAUGCCUCAAGGAAUCAUUAACGGGCCGCCAUCCUUCCAGCGUAUUAUUAACCAAAUUCUUGGUCCAGCAAGAUGGAGAUAUGCAUUAGCAUACAUUGAUGAUAUAAUAAUUUAUUCAAGAACAUUGAAAGAUCAUAUAAUACAUUUGGAACGCGUACUGGAUACAUUGGACAAGGCUAAUUUUCGAUUAAAUGUAGGAAAAUCAGAAAUUGCCAAGGAGGAACUCGGCUUCCUCGGCCAUCAUAUUAAACAAGGAAACAUCCGACCAAAUGCCGACAACAUAUGUGGUUUAUUGAAUACCCAAACACCCACUACUGUCGAAGAAGCGUGCCGUUUUCUCAAAGGUGCAGACUAUUAUCGUAAAUUCAUUCCACAAUUUUCGAAAAUAGCUGAUCCAUUGUAUAAAUUUGUUUCAAAGAAGAAACAGUCUAGUUCAAAAAUAACACCAAUUACACUGACGAAGGAAGAAGAAAACUCAUUCAAUGAGUUAAAACAUAUAUUGACGACGGAUCUCGUCCUGCAUCUCCCGAACAAUCAAUUGAGAUAUAAAAUCCAAACGGAUGCUUUAAAAAUGGGGAUCGGUGCAGCAUUAUUGCAAACUUAUCCAGAUGGAAAAGAACGACCAGUGGCAUAUUUAUCGAAAAAAUUCACUCCGAGACAGCAAAACUGGUGUACAAUUGAACAAGAAUGUUAUGCGAUACUGAAGGCGAUUGAACAAUGGCAUCAAUAUGUAGAUGGCGUGGAAGUUCAAAUUCAAACGGAUCACAAUCCAUUAAAAGCAUUGAAUAAAAGAGCACAGAAGAGCACGAAAUGUGAGCGUUGGCGAUUGAAACUAGAACAAUAUCGUUACACAAUUGAUCAUAUUAGAGGAGACGAUAAUGCAAUGUCCGAUUAUUUGUGCAGAUCUCCCGUCGAUCAGGGUGAAGAAGAUCCGGAUGAUUAUGUUCAAUUGAUAUCAACGGCAACACGAACAGAAGACAUUAUUGCGAUAGAUACGUCAACACCACAAAUUGUGGCGGCUGUAACAACUUGUGCUCAAGCAAACAAAAUACUAGAGAGUAAAGCUCCUCAUGUACGAGAUGAAGAGCCAGGACAAACGAAAAUUACAUCAAAAAUAGCUCUUCAUGUACCAGAUGAAGAGACAGACAAUAAAAAUAAGCAGCCAACAACAGUAAAGAUCGAUGAUAAUAUGAUUAUUCUAUUUACAGAGGAAAUUAUACGUGAACAACAACGUUCGGAUAACCACAUACAACAUAUCGUAACCAAUAUAAAAAAUAUAACAAGAAAUUCGUUAUCCUAA